AUGUACGGACAUGCAGGUCAACCAGCAAUCAUGUUGUAUUUCAUUUGCCUUCUCGUCAUCUUCGGCUCUGCGAUACACGACGGAGACAACGCCGUGCUUGGACCUGGCAGCCCUCUUACGAUUGCUGGUCCUGCUAACAACAAUGGCAAAAGUUUGAAAGCAGGGGGAGGAUCAGCUACAAACACAAAUCAAGGAAAAAACCUACCACUUCUCAAUAGCUCGGAUCAAGAAGUAGAGUGGCUUCUGAACAAGAUUCGACAGUCUUUUGGCAUAAGAGAUUCACCUAAUCCACCACCAUAUAUUCUUCGUAAUGGCGAGGUGUGUUUAUUUUUUUGA